AAAUGCGCAAACGUUUAUAGUCAUGACCGGACCUCUUGCCCCUUUACACACGAAGGGGAAAAAGCAUGUCGACGUGACCCAAGAAUAUACAACUAUUUGCCAGUCCCUUGCCCCGGUUACAAAUUCUCGUCUUGCAUUAAAGGAGAUAAUUGCGAAUUGUGCCAAGGAGUUUUUGAGGAGUGGCUACAUCCCGCGAAGUACAAGACCCAACUGUGCUAUGCUGGCACGUCAUGUGACAGACGAGUAUGUUUCUUCGCUCAUACACUGAAAGAGCUUCGUCCUGAGACGAAGUACAAUUGGUGCCAAGUGUACCGAUACCCUUCAGACAUCCAACCAUUUCCGGACAUUUACAUUCAAAACGGACCAAAUGGUAAUUGGACGGUUAUUCCAAGUAAUCCUCAGCUGCCGCCGCCACCACCAUCACAAGAUCAGUGCUAUGGUAUUACUGCUCCUGAACAUGGAAAUUCGUCGACUCCUCAUCAAAUUCCUCAAAACAAUACAUCAACUUUUGAGUUUGUUCCUCCUUCUUCUCAAUCUCCACCAAGAAUUGAUCAGAGGACUCAGAAUGAGAGUGAUUUUUCGCUUUUUUCUGUUAGCCUUGCAAAAUUAGCUGAGAAGCUGAAAAACCUUGAGAUUGGGAGUACUUCUCAUGCUAAGGUGAAUAACUUGCAUGAUGAAAAUUAUGGGGAUAAGGCCUUUGGAAUUUGAGUCAUAGGAUCAAGAAUUUUCAAACAUCAAUUGGGUUUCUAACUUGUUGGUGGAUGAAUUUGAGGGUAUAAGAUUGUAAAUAUUUUUAUAUGAUGCAUAUAUGAUAGUAAUUGAUAAUUAAUUACUCGGAGAUCAUUUUCUAUCGACUUCUAACUCUUUUUUCCUAUUUAUCAUUUCUGCCCUUGUAUGUAUUUGGCGUUAAUCUUGUUGUUUCAACUUUCAAUUGUUGUUUAUUGGUCAUUUCUACCUUUGUGUGUAUUCAUUGGAAGUUCUAUAGAAAUGUAUGUUUGCGUUAUUUCCU